GAUCAAACCCAGGACCCAGUGCAACUGCACCCGGAUCAAACCCAGGACCCAGUGCAACUGCAUCCCCAAAACCCACAUCCGGAUCAAACCCAGGACCCAGUGCAACUGCACCCGGAUCAAACCCAACACCCAGUGCAACUGCAUCCGAUCAAACCCAGGACCCAGUGCAACUGCAUCCGGAUCAAACCCAGGACCCAGUGCAACUGCACCCGGAUCAAACCCAGGACCCAGUGCAACUGCAUCCCCAAAACCCACAUCCGGAUCAAACCCAGGACCCAGUGCAACUGCACCCGGAUCAAACCCAGGACCCAGUGCAACUGCAUCCGGAUCAAACCCAACACCCAGUGCAACUAAAUCUCAAAAGCCCAAAUCAGGAUCAAGCGAAGGAAGCAGCAGAAAUGUUACAUCCGGAUUAGCCCCAGCACAGCCUACAACAGCAACGACGAUAUUAACAACUCCUCCCCCUACAAUCCCUUCGCAUCCUGAAAGGGCAACUUUCAACCUUGAUUUUUCUCUGAAAAUUAAUGCAACGUUUUCCGAAGAUCUAGAUAAUAAUACUUCAGCCAUCUAUUUAAACUACUCAGCUGCAUUUACGAAGGUGAUUUCACAUGCCUUUGUGGAUGUUCCUGGUUUCAGACACAUAAUUAUCAACGAGUUUCGGAAUGGAUCCAUCAUCUGUAACUACACAGCUGUGAUCGCAGCCACAGCCAAUGCUGCAGAAGUUGUCGGGAACAUCAGUGGUUCCGUGAAAAAUACGUUACAGCGUGCUAACGUGAACGGCUAUCAAGUAAAUAGCAAAUAUCUCGAUGGGACAUUAAUCAUGGAACUUGCUGCUUCGAACAAGUCAAUGUCAUCACGCUGCAAAGCGGAGGGUAUCUGUAAUAUCGGCUACAAUUGUUCUGACCUCAACAACAAGGUCACAUGCACCAGUAAUUGUAAUGGCAUGGACUGUGGCGAUCACGGGGUGUGUCAACUCAAGGCAGAUGGCCAACCUAUAUGCAGAUGCAAAAAGCACCCAAAGUACGUAUACGGUGGGGACAAGUGUGAGAUCACAGGGGAGCAGCUGCUACUGAAGUCUGAAUAUAUCGCCGCCAUAGCCGGAGGUGCGGGAGGUGGUCUCGUUCUCAUACUGGUCAUAGCUCUCAUCUGCACAUGCGCCAGGAAAAGGAAAGCUCAAGAAAAAGGUGACGGUCCACUGCGUGCUUAUGACGAGGGCACCGAACAACAUUGGACCUCCAAACUGGACGACCCGAGGGAAUAUUAUAACCAGGCGUAUGAGAACAUUCAGAUGGACCAACUCCCAACUAAACGUAAAAACACCAGCGUGGACGAGGAGCCUUUCUCCGUGUAUCAACCCUCUAAUAUUUCGAGGCCGAUAACUAGAGCGAGCGCCGAGUUCGCUUCCUUCAUGGACGAGGGAUCAACAAAUGUGAUUUAUGCACACCCCAUCAAGACUCGAGCCGACGCCAGUUACGCCAGUCACCAUGACCACGAUGGACGCUACAACAGAGAUGAAGAUGCAAGACGUGACGCAGGGCACGUUCCAGCUGCUGUUCAGGCCGGCAUCCUCAACGACGUCCGGAGACACGACAGAAUGCGAGAAGACCACGACAGGACCGGUGCUGAAAAGUCCUUUGACUCUAACCGCUUGUCAAGUGCUGUCUCGGGGUUUUAUGCUAAUGUCAAGGAGCACCACCGUGAAAUCAUUUCUGUCACCGAAAAUACUCCCCAAAUGCAAAUCCAAAAUCCCUCAAUUAAUCGUCAGGAGCAAGACGGCUAUCCUUCACGUGACCAUCUGAGGCGCGACGACUCUCCUUCGUUUCAUCGUCAGGAGCAAGACGUCUAUCCUUCACGUGACCAUCUGAGGCGCGACGACUCUCCUUCGUUUCAUCGUCAGGAACAAGACGACUAUCCUUCACGUGACCAUCUGAGGCGCGACGACUCUCCUUCGUUUCAUCGUCAGGAGCAAGACGUCUAUCCUUCACGUGACCAUCUGAGGCGCGACGACUCUCCUUCAUUUCAUCGUCAGGAGCAAGACGACUAUCCUUCACGUGACCAUCUGAGGCGCGACGACUCUCCUUCAUUUCAUCGUCAGGAGCAAGACGGCUAUCCUUCACGUGACCAUCUGAGACGCGACGACUCUCCCUCAAUUCAUCGACAGGAGCAAAAUGCAUUCCGGGGGCAAAAUGGCUAUAUUCCGAAGGACAGAAAUCUGGAACGGCUCCAUCGGGAGGAGCGAAUGUCGGGCCGAAACCACGGGAGACACGAGAGCUUUAGAAAUGACAGACGGAGCUUCCGAGAAGCCGACCGUGUACAACAAACGCCUGUUCCUUCUCCCAAACCUCGUCCUAAGACGUUCGGGGAAAUGCGGCACCCAAACAAUUUCAUCGUUGACCCUGAGCCAGACUACGGCAUGGAACACGACAGACGACGACUGAGCCAGGACAAAGAAUCGAGGGAUGGAGGACAACUCUACAGAAGCGAGAGUCUGGGGAGAGUCAACGACAGCGCAUUUGCCCGAGAUUUGCAGCGACGUGGACAGGAAAUAAAACGCACUGAAGGUCAAGGUGCCAAGGGCAGAUUGAGGGAAACCAGGGACAGACGUGGACAAUGGGAGCACUCAGACCGCCGGAGUGAGAACUGGUCUCGCCAGGGACGGGAUGGCAUUGAGGGACGCCGUUUUAACCAUCAUUUAUAGGACAGGAAGUCGGAGUCUCCACUGUGGUAGCCAUACCCAGGUUAUGCAGCAACGAUUUCGGUGCUUGAGGACCUAACUGAACCCCUAACGUCACCGGGACACCGAACACCCUAACGUCACCAGGACACCGAACACCCUAACGUCACCAGGACACCGAACACCCUAACGCCACCGGAACAUCGAACACCAUAACGUCACCAGGACACCAAACACCCUAACGUCACCAGGACACCAAACACCCUAACGUCAUCGGGACACCAAACACCCUAACGUCAUCGGGACACCAAACACCCAAACAUCACCAGGACACCAAACACCCUAACGUCACCAGGACACCAAACACCCUAACAUCACCAGGACACCAUACAGCCUAACGUCACCAGGACACCAACACCCUAACGUCAUCGAGACACCAAACACCCUAACAUCACCAGGACACCGAACACCCUAACGUCACCAGGACACCAAACACCCUAACGUCAUCGGGACACCAAACACCAUAACGUCACCAGGACACCAAACACCCUAACGUCACCAGGACACCAUACACCCUAACGUCACCAGGACACCAAACACCCUAACGUCAUCGGGACACCAAACACCCAAACAUCACCAGGACACCAAACACCCUAACGUCACCAGGACACCAAACACCCUAACAUCACCAGGACACCAUACAGCCUAACGUCACAAGGACACCAACACCCUAACGUCAUCGAGACACCAAACACCCUAACAUCACCAGGACACCGAACACCCUAACAUCACCAGGACACCUAACACCCUAACGUCACCGGGACACCGAACACCCUAACGUCACCGGGACACCAUACACCCUAACGUCACCAAUGAAACCGAACGCCCAAAGCAAUCAAAACAACCUCGUCGUCCGACGUAACAAGAACACCCACCGCCCAUAAACCAUGAACAAGCACAACGUGACAACACGCGAAACCCUGAAUAACCCGACUCUGGUGACCACCCGAAAACCCACAACUUGGACACCCUCGGUAUCUAAAACACCUUCAAUUGGACGUCACCCAGCACACUCCAAACUGCACGACUCCAUCAACGUUGACCAUGCCGUGGCUCAUUACAUAACAAUAAGUAUGUUCGCCUUUCGUUUAACGAGAGGUUUUAGACCGUUUAUUUGCCCUUUUAGUUUUACGCUUUCUUCUUACGUCAUAUUACUCACGAUGAUCAAGUGCAUUAGUCUUAUAAAGACAAACCUUCUUAAAGGUAUACUUCCAUCACUCCAUGUCUUUACUCCUUGCAGUUAAAUAGAUUCUGAGUCAGCUAUUUUGCCAAUCUAUUGAUUUUACAUAAAUAGAUGCAUUAAUGCAUUAUAUUUUGUAUCUGUCGGCUUUUGUGAAUAAGGAAAUGCUAAUUUGAGAAUUUACAGUGAUACUACCAGCCAAUAAUUCUAUUCCAGAUUAUUAGGUUGUUACUAUGUUUGCAGAGGUUAUAAUAGUCUCGUCAUACACACUAAUCUGUUAGGAGCUUUUCAGGAUAUUUUCAAAUACGCACAGUUCGUAGUCAUGACAACGCUGAAAUAUAUUCAGCAUAAUCAGCCAUAUGAUUCUUUACACAAAUUAAAAGCUGAAAUAUGUAUAUUUUCCAUUGCCCAUAUGUGAAGUACAGCGGCUUAAAAGUGAAAGAAAAAUUGCAUACACCUGACGAUAUUCAUGUUAAAUACUCACAUACUGUUUUUAAAACGUGAAUAUGUUAUUGACCUGAACAUGUACUCAGUUUAACCAUUUGUAUAUUCAUACAGAAUUCAGACGCUUCUGGUUUUUUUUAAUUUACAUUUGUAAGCAUUUGAAUAUAAUUAUAUCAUAUAUAUAUAUAUAUAUGUAUUUAGAACUCAAGUUGUGGCUGUUGUGUAUUCGUCCAGAUAAGCAGGACAGGUUUGUUUGUUUGUUAGUUUGUGUUUUCACGCCGCAGUGAGAAAUCUUCCAAACUAUAUAACUGCGUCUGUUAAUAUUCGUGCCAGGACCAGACAAAACAGUGAUUGACAUCAUGACCAUCGAUCUACACAAUUUGGAACCGAUGACAUGCAUCAACCAAGUCAGCGAGCCUGACCACACGAUACCGUUAGUCACCUCUUACGACAAGCGUGUGUCCCCGAUCUUAUCUUGCCCUAUACCAACCAAACAAGACAGGUCAGUAAGACACAAAUAGCCAAAUAACCGGCAAAGACAUGGGUUGCUGAAGAUCAAGUCAAAUUCUGAUCUUCACGGGUUAGGCAAGACCUUUCAACGAAAACCCUGCACUUUCAUAUGACUUGUGUUCAAUUCAUGUUUCUUAGUUGCGUUUUGGGUUUCGUAACAAGGGUGAUAUGACCUCCGAAUUACGCUAUAUUCAUGACGUGUAUUUGUAACAUUCUAACAAUUUUCGAUUGUUAUCACUUUGCGUUUCGGGUUUUCUCUCUAUAUUUUUGACAUAUUACUUUUAUGUAGGCUGAACAUAAUACUCAGCUUGUGACAAUAUUUAUAUUGGUUCCAUAUUUUUGUUUGUUUAGUCUUGCAUAUUCAAGUAUAUAUUCACAUUUACAUAUUCGGAUAUCCCGCCUUGUACAUGCUAAAUAUAUAAAAUCAGCGUGCGCCAUCACAUUAAAAUGAAUAAUUGUAUUUUCACUAAUAAAUUUUUUAAACAUGUCUUA